AUGAGAACCAAUCUACCGGUCUGGAGCGUUUCGAGCUGGAGCAACGCCUGCAGGGCAAGGAGGCUUUCGACAUGCAACCUCUCCAAUCUGACCGCAUCGGAACCAUCGCUAACCCCAUCUCGGUCAACAGCGCUGUGAGUCGUAUAUGACCUCCGUCACCGCCUGAGCGCUUCGUGAAGCAAGCGCUCACACUCUGACAAUCGUGUUCCUUCUUUGCAGUUCCCUGAGCGUGUCAUCGGCUGCUCGGGUAGCCCAGCUGGCUCCCACGACACUCUGUGAGCACACGCAGCACCUUGUAAACAAGUCUUCACGCUGCAGGACUGACAAGCUGCCAUGCUCGCAAUGUCCGCAGGUACAUGCGACUUACUACCGAGCGCCAGUACCACCGCUGUGCCGAGUGCGGUUCAGGUAAGUUCUCCGAGCGCUUUGAUUCGCGGUAGGGCGGUGAAUGUGCGCAGGUUGAGGUUCAGGCGGGAAAGGCUGCACUCGGGAGGAGGUGCCACUUGCCGGAAGUCAGCGAUGUCAAGCGAUGGCUAUGGGUGAUGCACGAUGAGAUGCUGCAGUUGGAAGCUGUCAGGUUCAAGCCAGCUCCUCAGUGCUCCAUGAGCGUGAACAAAUGCUGAUUGAUCUCGUACUGCGUUCGUCUGCCUCGCAGUCUACACUCUCAACUUCACUGGCUCUGCUCACGACGAGCACCACUAGGCUACGCGAAAGCGGCGAUUGGCACAAACCGGAAUGCGCAUGCGAGCUGGAGAGGGAGGAGGCGUCGCUACCUCGAGAUGUGAGCGCUUCUGUCAAAUGAAAGUGAAUGCGGUUCGGAAAUGGCAAAGAUCGCAAAGCAAAAUGCUCCAAAUUCUUGAGACAGCUGCCAAUAGAUGAGUCUUCUAGAUCCACAAAGCCGGGCGGAGGGCAGAACGAGUGA